UGUGAAUGGUGUAGUUGAGGUGUCUGAGCAGCGAGAGAAGCUGGCACUUGCAGAGGUGGGCAAGGAGGUAGUUGGAGAUGAACAAGGAGGUAGUUGGAGAUGAACAAGGAGGUGUACACUUCUCAGUUGGGAGCUGGGUCAAUCAAGGGUGAUGCUACAGAAUUUGAGGGGUGUACCCGGCCCUGUUGUUUUUUGUGCAGAAAGGGGAAUGCUAAGUUGUUGGAAGGUUGAUUUAAGAGUAGAAAUAGAUGUGGUGACAUCAUCGCCACGCCUGGCAUCAUAGGUGCACCGUGAGGGUGUGGCAGCCAGAGUGGUGGUGGAAAUGGAGGCAGUGAACAGCAUGAAAAGCCAGGCUUUAUCAUCAUUUGAUUACUUUCUAGCUCACCAGUAAGUCAUGAUAAUGGUUGUGUGAGAUGUACAAUGGUGUACAGUGGUGUGUUUAGCUGGGGGCUUGGGGCCCCAAAUCAAAUUCUGACUAGGGCCCCAUAAAGCCUAAGGCCAGCUCUGAAUCAGUAUAAUGUAUAGAUAAAUAUACUGUAGUGUUGCACUGUGGCUUACAAGUCGGGUUCGAAUAAUAAUCAGUCAGGGGCCACAACAGCAAUAUUGGCUUACAACCAAGAUAUGUCUACAGAUGAGCCACUGAGACGAUGAGCAGGUGUUGAUGACGACACUGGUGAGCAAAGUUUAAUUAGUGGUUACUCUCCUUAUAGGGGAGUCACUCCUAUAAAGUCUUCAUGCAGAGCCUUUGCUCUGAACAAAUGCCGAACAGACGUCUGUCUUUGGAAAUGAGUGCCACAAUGCUGUGACAUUGCAGGAAAAUGUAGUGUUUUUGUGAUUAGAAUCACUUUGUAUUUUGGUGGAUGGUGAUUUAACACUUAGCAGCAAAUCAAUGACUUGUGAAUGUGCCUGAAAAGUGAUGGAGGACAACAGCUCAUGGUUUGGUGGUGAGAUGAGACAGAUCAAUGAUCGGGUGAUUUCUCUGCAGCUCCUGGUCACGAUGUUUCUUGGCAUCAACUUUUUACUCAUUCAAACCUUUUUCAAGAAGAAGUCCUUCUACACCAUUGCACGCUACAUCUUAUUUGCUAUUACACUACUGUCUGAUAGCUUGAUAUUACUCAUAUCUAAUACUCUCUACCUCUUAGCUUAUUUUCAUUUUACUAUACAAGUUUGGUUAUGUAUCAUUAUUUCUACAGUGCUGAUUCUGUAUUCGAUGGUCACACCAGUUACUCUGACAGUAAUGACCUUGGAGCGAUAUGUUGCCAUUUGCAUGCCUCUGCGCCAUGCAGAGCUGUGCUCUGAACGCAUCCAUGUGCAUUGUAUUCUCAUCAUUCAUGGCCUCAGCUCGUUACCCUGCAUUGCUUUUUUUUCCUCUUUCUUUGCAUCAGCAUCUCUGAGCUUGUACAAACAACACAAUAUAUGCUCUCUGCAGAUGUACAUUUUGCACCGAUGGCAGGGUCACAUAUGGUCAACUGUACAACAGAUUUACUUCUUGAUUAUGGUUAUCACCAUUGUAUUCUGUUAUGUUAAAAUGAUGAAAGUGGCCAAAAUGGCAUCCGGAGACAAUAAAAAGUCAACAUGGAAAGGUCUCAGAACAGUAAUUCUUCAUGGUUUCCAGCUGCUGCUCUGUCUCAUCCAGCUGUGGUGUCCAUUCGUAGAGAAUUAUGUAUUUCAAAUUAAUUUCAGUUUAUUUAUUAAUGUAAGGUUCUUUAACUAUGUAUUGUUUUAUCUUACUCCAAAAUGUUUGAGUCCCCUGAUAUAUGGGCUCAGGGAUGAUCACUUUUUUCAUGCACUGAAAAAGUAUGCCUUCUUUGACUUGUAUACAUCUAAUAUUUUGCAAGGUAGACUAAUAGUUUUUAACAGACAAAAUGUACAAUGCACUUAA